UCUUCAGCACAGCAUACACAUUCAUGGCUCCUCUGCUGUCUGCAGGAUCCCACUGCAUUUGCUUACCUUAUUAACAAAAGAAAGAAAAGCAUUACUGCCGAUUGAAGAUUGACAAGAAAAGGACAAACAGGAUGAAAAACGCACAACUGAGGGUACCAUUAUUUAUAACUGCCUGAGAAACUAACUCCCAUUUACAAACAACCUUGCCCUUGUAAGACCUCAGAGAACAUAUUGGACCUACAGCAACUCAAAAUUCACCACAGUUCAAGUCUCCAAAGAUUCCCUUCACAUUGGUUAAGGCUCUCAACUCACUGUAGAAUUAAGCAAUUAGAUGAGCAAGGACCUCGGUGAAUAGCAGGCAUUCAGGUGAUUAUCUCAUUGCUACUCGGCUGAGCUGACACAGAUAUUUGGGAUGUGCCAGGAAGCCGUUAGAUCAUCAUGACUAACCAGGAGAAGUGGGUCACUCUGAGCCCUGCGGAAUUCUCUCAGCUCCAGAAGUAUGCACAAUACUCCACAAAGAAACUGCAAGAUGUACUUCAGGAAUUCCAUGGGGAUGGAGUGCUGGCAAAAUAUAAUCCUGAAGUGAAGCAGGAGAUUCUCAAUCAAACCAUUGACUUUGAAGGCUUCACCCUGUUUAUGAAGACAUUCUUGGAAACAGAACUACCUGAUGAUUUCUGUCAACACCUCUUCAUGUCAUUCAGUACCAGAUUCUCUCACGCCAGUCCAUCAACAGCAGAAAAGCCUCUUGGCUGCUCCCAGCAACGUGCAGGAGGGCUUAAAAUCAUUAAGGGCAAUGCAACUCCUUCAAGUGUGCCUUAUCCAUCCAAAAUGAAGCCACCGGAGACAGUCCAGUUGAAAGACAUUGUGUGUUACCUGUCGCUGCUGGAAGGAGGACGGCCUGAAGACAAGCUAGAGUUUAUGUUUCGUCUCUACGACACUGACGGAAAUGGGUAUCUGGAUAGCUCGGAGCUGGAAAAUAUUAUCUGUCAGAUGAUGCAUGUUGCAGAAUACCUGGAAUGGGAUGUAACAGAACUGAAACCUAUUCUCCAGGAGAUGAUGGAAGAGAUAGAUUAUGACCAUGAUGGCACAGUUUCCCUUAAAGAAUGGAUACAAGGUGGGAUGACAACAAUCCCUCUUCUAGUGCUGCUUGGAUUGGAAACAAAUGUAAAGGAUGAUGGGCAGCAUGUGUGGCGGCUGAAACACUUCAACAAGCCUGCCUACUGUAAUCUCUGUUUAAACAUGCUGAUUGGAGUGGGGAAGCAAGGCCUUUGCUGUUCUUUUUGCAAGUACACAGUUCAUGAGAGAUGUGUGGCCCGUGCUCCUUUAUCCUGUAUAAAGACUUAUGUCAAGUCCAAAAAAAACAUGGAAGUGAUGCAUCAUUUUUGGGUUGAAGGAAAUUGUCCAGUAAAGUGUGACAAGUGCCAUAAAACCCUGAAAUGUUAUCAAGGUCUAACUGGACUUCACUGUGUUUGGUGCCAAAUAACUCUUCAUAACAAGUGUGCUUCGCAUGUGAAGCCUGAAUGUGAUUGUGGACCUCUGAAAGACCACAUUCUGCCGCCAACCACUAUCUGCCCAGUAGUUCUGGAGAGACAAUCUACUUUAAAAAAAGACAGCAGUCCCCUUCACACAAAACAGUCUGGGGGGAGAGCAAAGAUUCAACGAGCCAAUUCUGUCACUGUGGACGGUAAAGGACUUCAGAUCACUCCAGUUGAAGGAACACACCCCCUUCUGGUUUUUGUGAACCCUAAAAGUGGAGGAAAACAGGGUGACAGGAUAUUGAGAAAAUUUCAGUACCUUCUAAAUCCUCGUCAAGUGUACAAUCUUGCUAACAAUGGACCUAUGCCAGGGUUAAACUUUUUCCGAGAUGUUCCUGAUUUUAGAGUACUGGCUUGUGGUGGUGAUGGAACUGUUGGCUGGAUUCUCGAUGUAGCACUGAUUGUUACUCUUUUUACAGACAAGGCAAAUCUAAACAAGCAACCUCCAGUGAGUGUGCUGCCACUUGGGACAGGAAAUGAUUUAGCAAGGUGUCUAAGAUGGGGAGGAGGCUACGAAGGAGAAAGUCUGCUUAAAAUUCUGAAAGAUAUUGAAAACAGUACAGAAGUCAUGCUGGACAGAUGGAAGUUUGAGGUAAUUCCUGCUGAUAAAGAUGAAAAGGGGGAUCCUGUGCCUUACAGCAUCAUAAACAACUACUUCUCUAUUGGAGUGGAUGCUUCAAUUGCACACAGAUUUCAUAUCAUGCGAGAAAAACAUCCAGAAAAAUUCAACAGUAGAAUAAAGAACAAGUUUUGGUAUUUUGAAUUCGGUACAUCGGAAACUUUCUCAGCUACUUGCAAGAAGCUCCAUGAAUUUUUGGAAGUUGAGUGUGAUGGAAUCCAGCUUGAUUUCAGCAAUAUUUCCCUGGAAGGAAUUGCCAUCCUGAAUAUUCCAAGUAUGCAUGGAGGGUCAAACCUGUGGGGGGAGACCAGGAAGAGGCGCAGCCAUCGACAGGCUGGGAAAAAAACGAUGGACAAAAGAACCACUGUGGUUGAUGCCAAAGAGCUGAUGUUCACUGUUCAAGAUCUGUCAGAUCAGCUUUUUGAAGUGGUUGGUCUGGAAGGGGCGAUGGAAAUGGGUCAGAUCUAUACAGGUUUAAAAAGUGCUGGGAGGAGACUUGCACAGUGUUCUUCUGUUACCAUUCGAACCAGUAAAUCUCUUCCAAUGCAGAUUGACGGUGAGCCUUGGAUGCAAACCCCUUGCACUAUCCAAAUAACUCACAAGAACCAAGCUCCCAUGCUGAUGGGCCCACCUCCAUCUUCAGGGUUCUUCUCUUCUAUAGUCUGGAAAACAAACAAGGAGUAGACGUUGAAGAGCUGUGUAUACUACACUCAUACCUGAUAUUUUAACUACUGCACUUAAAUGUUCUGAAACAUUUUGUAUGAUUGUUAUUUGAAAUGUCGUGUGUAAAAAACAAAAUCAAAUGUUGUAAUUGUCUGUAUGAACAUGAUUCACCUUGCACGAACCAUUGAAUGCUUUUAAACUGCUUUAAUUGAUUGGAUUUGUUUGUUUACUUAUUUAUUUAUUUAUUUUGUGCAUUUUGUACAGCAUUAUGAACCAGGAAAAAUUUCCAGUUUUAUAUAAAGACAUUUUCCAGGACGUGGAUACAAAAUCAUUUAAGUUUGUUUUCUUGGCCGAAUGCCAUUUGUAGUUAAUUACUGUUAAUUAAGCUCUGCUGUUUAAAGUGCUCUGAACUCUGCCUCUACUGCAGAAGAAAAUUACCCACUACAUAAAAAUUGCUUUGACUUGAUUUGCUCAGCUAAUGUGCGCUUGCAAACUCUUCCUGGUUGGGUUUGCACUUGCAUUCUGAACACAAUUGUAAUUCUGCCCCUAAUAGAACCUAUUAAUUGUAAUUCUGUCCCUAAUAGAACCUAUUAUCGCUAAUACAAGCGCAAGUGUUAUUUUAUCUGUAAAAGACUAAUAGGUUGUAGGUUUGAAUCACUGGUAAAUGUUAUUGUUUUUCUAGUCCUCCACUAAUGUCCCACAAUGUACAAAAUCACAGCUUAACAAUUUGUUAGGCUACAACAUAAAAUAGGGAAUAUACCCAGGGGUUAAUUUGUAAGAUUUGGGGGUCUCCCUAUAGCUUGGAGAUUGGCAGUUCGAAUCCAGGCUAUGCCACUGCUGACCAUGGCCGGGAGUUCCCAGGGGGCAGCGCUCAACUGGCCAAGCCCUGCCAGGACAGGGAGGGUUUAGGUCGGCUGGUUAAUCUAUGUCUCAACGCACACCAGGAACCCCUGUGACUGGCCGUGCGCCUGCAGGCCUGCCUAUGUGCAAUUCAGAACUGCGUGGUCCUCCUACGCUGGCGGGCUUGCAGUGAGAAAAAAAACCAGAUGUCUGACUACACACGCUUUGGAGGACGUGAGUGUGAGUGUUUGUCUCUCUCGAGUUAGUGCGGGGGUUGCACUGAUGAGCCAGGUUGAAUAAUUGGGCAUUCUAAAUUGGGAGAAAAUCAGGGGUAAAAUAACUGGCAAUUCCAAAUUUCUAAAAGAAAAAAAAAAAGGUGCCAGAUUUUAUAACUAAGGAAGAGGGAUAGCGUUUUUUGUUUAUAUGCCUAAUGCACUGACCUUUAUUGACAGUAGCGCACAUAGAUGCUUCAAGUUGUCAUCUGACUGGGGAUCUGGGUUUCGUGUCUUAUUGUUGGUUUUGGUUCCUGCAUGCUGACCUUUGCCUAGCCAUGUUUUAAUCCAUUAUUUACCAAUGUUGUUUUUCUUUUACAAAAUCUUUACAAGCUGUAUUUAUGUAAUUUCAUACAUUACAUUUAAACAGUUCACAAAAUUUGAGCAAGUUAUUCAAACAAUAUAGUUAAAGAGAAAAUAAAAUAACAGGUAGAUACUAGUUAGAAAUGCUCCAACAAAUUACGAAGUAGCCUGCCCUCAAAUGAGGACAAGCACACUUAAUGGGCCGAUCUUCACGUUUGAACAAUACCAAUGGCAUGCUGUCUAAUCUGAUGAACAGGGGCGAAGAUGCUGUUCUUAUUGAGAGUGCUAUAUUUUCGCUGUUUUGAUGAUUGUGGUGUAAAAAUAAAUAGUAAUUUUCUGUAGAUGUCGC